UAGAAACGAGGGUAAAAAUGAACCAUUUUUCGGCACGAUACGACAGGACAGGAAGCUAUCCGAUUGGCUUAUUGAGUUGGCGUGUCGUGUAUCGUCAGUCAAUCGGAGAGCUUCCUGUCGUGCCGUGCCGACUUGUCUGAAAAAACGCCUCUGUGCUCAGAGCCUGAAGCAACUGACGCAUUCUUUGAUUCUCUUGAAUGAGUGUUUCAAGGAAAUUGAACUUUGUUUCCAUCAUUUUCAUUUUAAACGUAGUUUGAUAUUGUUUCCAAUAUUGUUACUGCGCUUAUCUUUUUACUUUCUCAACAUGCAUUAUGUGAAAAAAUUGUUUACAGGAUACAAUGAAUGAUGAAAUGAAGUUCUUAAGAGUAGUGAAUGAAUUGAAAGUGAAGCCAGAUCUUCCAGUGGCCCAUAUCUAUCAUUAUGAUGGAGUCAUUAUUCAUAAGAGUGGAGGAGUUCGCAUCAAGGAGACAAAAUAUUACUACAAUAACAUUCACAAGUACACGUUGAUCAAGUUAUUAGAUAGUCUUCUCGAAUUGAAUAAAGAUGUGCAGCUUGAUAAAAAUGAAGAUCAGGUCAUCAAUUAUUUUUUGGAUACAAAAAGUUUGAACUACAUCAAUCCAAAUACUGAUGGUGAAGGCACUUUUGAAAUUGAUUCAACAUGGGAGAGAACUAUUAGAAAUGAUGACGAUAGUAUUAGAGUAUCAUGUUCAAAGGAAGAAAAUGCUGGAUUAUCUUUCACUAUCGAUACAGAUAUCUUUACAAUGAAUUCAAAUGAUGUUAAGAAAUCCAAUAGAUGGCAAAAAAUGGAAAUACUUUCAACAAUUGUUGAGUAUACUGCUCAAGAAGUUUCGCAAUGUAUGAAGAAUAAGACACUGAUAUUUUACAAGGUGGUGAAAAAAAUGAUUAUGCGUGAUGCUUUCAAACCGAGAAGAAUAUAUUAUCCUGCGGGAGUAUCAGUUGAAACUAUAGUGUUUCCAAACAAAAAAGCAGCUCUACAAAUAACACAAGUGAAAUUUUUGGAUCCCAAAACAAAGGGAUUAGUAAAUUAUGUUGGGAAAUUGGCUGAAGCUGAAAACAUUGUUGAAAAAUUGUUCAGAAUGAAUUCUGAAUCUAAAAAAGAGCAAAGUAAGGUGUUACAGAGUGAUGCAAAAUCAACAAACAAAAACUGGCCAUUAGAUACUUUGAGAUAUUUCGCCCUCACAAACAGUGCUUCUUUAGAAUACAUCGGAGACAAAGUGACGUACUCUAAGAGAAGAUUCAAUACCUGGAUUGUUAACACUGGUCUCAAAAUACUUCAAAUAGGAACUCCUUGGGAGGCAGAACUUUCAACCACACACGGCGAAAUGAAGUGUCUACUGGAUGAAUACAAUACCAAACUGAGGAAUACUGAGAUAUAUUUUCCCAAAGUUGUGGAGUAUAUUGAUGACAAGUUGUAUGAAUUGGAUGAAGUUGGAUUCCAUAGUAAUUUUGCGAUAAAUAAAACCGAAGUAUGGAUAUGUACCAACGAAAUGAAUACAUUCAUCAGAGUGGUCUCAUUUUUGGAGAUGAAGAAGCCAAUUUAUGCCAUCAGAUAUGCUGAUGGUGUCAGUGUGAAUAUUCGUAAAAACAGUGAUGGUAUUGAAGUUGUACAAAUAAAAGAGAUAAUAUAUUUGAGUGCAUCAACUUCCAAGGCUUUAAAAUAUGAUGGGAACCUAAAAAUAGUGAAGCCACCUGCAAUGACUUCCAUGCCCAUGCCCAAGAAAGGUGCUGUUACAACUAAAAAGAGGAAUAAAGUCAUUAGUGCAGUUCUUCAAUGUUUUGGCGUUAAUACGGGAAAUUAGAAUUAAUAUACAGAGUGGGUGAAAAGUCCGAGAACGGCUUAAUAUCUCAUAUACAAAUGUAAUUUGACGGUGGGUGUGAUUGGGAUACUAUUAAAAUUGAAAAUACUACUUUACUAUGAC